AUGAGCACCACUUUCGUGACCCUGGCAGAGGUACUGGAAAUGAGGGGUGGACCCUUGGAGGAAGAUGAGAUUUGGUCUCUCCUGAUGGGGAGUCUGGAGUCGUUGGUCGACUUGUCCUGUAAAGGCCAAAAUAUCGGCAACAUCACCUUAAUCAGCCCCUGGUCUCUCCUGCUAUCUGCCAAUGGUCAGCUUGCAUUUAAAAGCUGUGGGGUCUCCAGUGAAGUCUCCUCAUUCACAGCUCCUGAGAUGCUCCAGGGCCGCUCCGUCACCACCAGGCUGGCUAUGGAGAAGGUGAUUGUGUACUCUUUGGGGAUGACUCUGUACUGGUCUGUAGACUAUCAGCUUCCCCAGAACCAGCCUGUCCAGCUGAGUGACCAUCUGAACUGCCUUCUUCUAAGCAUGUGUGAGGACAUGGCUCACAGACGGGUCAGCCUGACAGCCAUUCUGGAGACGUGUGAGAAGCACCACAAUGCAGCUGCCCUUCCUCCUGCCAGCCAAGUCAUCAAACAGUUGGCAGAAGAUGUUUUUCACCAUUCUAUGGACCCUGCGCCCCUGACAGAAGAUGUGGCCAUCCUGAGUGGCCGGAGCCACGUGAUUAGGGAGAGACUACAUGGUCGCCAGGGACCUCACGCUGACUGCUCUGAGACUAAUGUCACAUCAGGAGAAAGUUCCACCUUCCCCAUGGACACAGAAACAAAGGAAGGAGACUCAUGUUAUCAAGCAGCAUGGUCCAAGUCUAACAAGGGCUCACCCUCAAACAGAGCGAACCUUGGCAGGAUUCCAAGAGGCUUCAGUCUCAGGGUUUGUGACACCAGCUGUAUGGCCCAGAGCACAUAUCAUCUAGACAUUCCCCACCAGGUUGACCCCCAGCCUCCGAACCCCCUCUUUGCCAUCAGCGAGUAUUCGCUCAAUCUCACCCAGAAGAAGGCAAAGGGUCUGGGACCAGAAUUCGUCAGGAUGCUGGAGGAGCCACAGAUCGUGCUGGAGCUGCCUGGGUCUAUUGUGUCCAAGAAGGGGAAGCUUGGUGCCUCCCAGCGGGAGCUCAGCGUAACCAUGCCCAGUGGACAGUGCAUCCUUGUCAGGUGUGACGUGGGCUCCAGAGGCAGAGAUGUUUUCGACAUGGUGGUGGCCCAUGCCAACCUGGUGGAACACUUCUACUUUGGCCUUGCAUUCCUUGAUGACGAUGAGUUUUUCUUUCUGGACCAUGAGACAAAAAUCUCCAAAGUGGCUCCAGACUGCUGGAAGAAGACACCUUCUGCUAGUUUUGCCCUUUUUCUCCGAGUGAAGUUUUUCGUUGAUGACAUUGGGUUUAUUUUGCACAAGCUCACACGUCACCAGUACUACCUGCAGCUGCGGAAGGAUAUUUUGGAGGACCGGUUACGCUGCAGUGAAGAGACUGGCCUUCUGCUUGGGGCCCUUGCUCUGCAAGCUGAAUUUGGGGAUUACAUGCCAGAGGUCUACGGGAAGAAUUACUACCAGCCUGAGCAGUACGUCAGCAGAAGACUGAUGGAAAAGAUGGCCUUACCCUGUUUAAAAGAAGAAUUGCCACGAUUACAUGCCAGUAAUGCCCAUAUGCUUCCUGAUGAAGCUGAGAUAGAGUUCUUAAAGCUUACCCAGCAACUCCCAGAGUAUGGAGUACUGUUUCACCGCAUGGCGCACGUGGAAAAGAAGCCACUCACGGGGGAUGUGGUUCUUGGAAUAUGUGCCAAAGGGAUUAUAGUCUAUGAAGUGAAGAGCAACAUGCGCACUGCUACCUUAAGGCUGCUCUGGAGGGAAAUAGAGAGUAUCUCUGCCACCCGGCGGAAGUUCACUGUGGAGAGCAGCACCACUGGGAAGAAGCACUGCUUCCUGACGGAAAGCUCCAAGAUUGCUCAGUACCUUCUGAACCUCUGCUCUUCGCAGCACAAGUUCCACAACGAAAUGAGCUCUCGACAGCUGAGCCAGAGACUGGCCUCAGAGGAGAAUAUAGCAAAGUAUGCAACAACAGUGGCAACUCGCCAGAACCAGCUGAAAAGGCUGUCGUGUUCAGAGAUGGUGCUCAAUACUCCUGGCCUGAACGUCACACCCAGCAACUCCAUCAGCAAAUCCUGCGAUGACAUCUCUGCCAAGAUGGAGAUGCAGGUCCAGCUGCAGACAGUGUCACAGGGGCAGCGCUUGGGCUGGAGCACUCCGGACCAGAUGAGUCGAGUGCUGUCCAGCGUUUCCUUGCAGAAGCAGGACUCUGAGGCUCUCUCCACCUCCUCUUCCAUCAGGGUGGACACCCCAACUAGAACUCCUCCAGAGAGGGAAAUCAUCUGUGUGACUCUCAGAAAGGACCCCAAACUUGGCUUUGGCAUUAUCAUUAUGGGGGAAGACAACACUGGGAAGUUAGAUCUUGGAAUUUUCAUUGCAUCUAUUGUCCCAGAUGGGCCAGCAGAGAGAGAUGGCAGAAUCAGACCAGGUGGAAGGCUCAUCUCUCUCAAUAAGACCAGCUUGGAGGGUGUAACCUUCAACACUGCUGCCACCAUCCUACAGAACAGCCCCGAGGAGGUGGAACUCAUUGUGUCUCAGCCCAAACUUGAUAGGCAUUUUAAUUUUUUUUCUUACCUUGCUCUGGCACAUUCAGAGAGUCUAAGAGACAGUAAGACCUCUCUGGCCCAAAGCAACCUGGCUCUCAUGUUGGAGAGAAGCUAUGAUUCCCAGAAUACCAUCACAGCUGAGUACCGGCCUGCUAUGGAGGAGCUGGAGGAGGUUCUAACCAGCGUCAUGACUCCAAGGUCAGGGAACAGGCUACCCAUACCUGUGGUCCGGAUCUUGGAUACUUGGGAAAGCUUCUCAAGUGAAAAGCAAGGAGAGCUGCUUGCACUAGAAGUGAAGAAGAUCAAUGGCAGCUUGGGAAUCAGUGUCAGUGGAGGCAUCAACACAGGGGCACAGCACAGCGCAAUCUACAUCAAAAGUCUAGUCCCAGAAGGAGCUGCUGAACAAGAUGGGCGUAUUCAGAUAGGUGACAAGCUGCUGGAGGUGGAUGGGGGGAGCCUGCGGGGUGCUACACACAAGCAGGCAGUGGAGUGCCUGAAGAAGACAGGAGAGGUGGUGAGCUUGCUGCUGGAGAGAGAGUCUGGCAGGCCAGAGAGGCACUCCACCCCCACAGGCCACAACAUCACCAUGCCACAGCACAGCCUUGCUGUUACUAUGGAAACACCCUUGUCUGUCAAGACCAAGGACUACAGCUUUGUGUCAGUCGACAACACCAUGGAGGUGACAGUGAGGAAGUACUUGGGCAGCCUGGGAUUCAGCUUCCUCCUUUGUCCAGCAGGACUGUUGCCAAACUGUGGAAGUGUUGUCCGUGUAUGGAGAAUUGUUCCUGGGCAGUCAGCUCAACAUUGUGGACAGCUGCGGGAGGGUGACGUCAUCCUAGCUGUGAACGGGCAGUCUGUGAAAGGCCUUUCCUAUCAGAAAGUUGUACACCUUAUGCAGAGCACGCCAGAUGAAGUCAGGUUGUCUGUGUGUCGCCCAGCUCCAGGUGAUCUUCCAGAGAUGGAUGCCAGCAUAUUGAGUCCCUCUCCUUUGCCUACCAGAGAGGUCAGAUCCAAGUCCCUAGACAUCCGCAUGAGUGAAGUCACACAUGAGUUUAGCCAAAUACUGCUACAAAAGGCACAGGAGAAAGCUCUGCGACGGGCCAGUGUCCCAGGUCAACCUCAGGAUGUCCCAGAAGUCAAGGCCGUUCGGGACAGUAAGGUCCAAGAAGAAGCCAGCCUGCUGUUGCCAUCCAGUAGUGACCCUGGACAGCAGGAGAGCUCACUGACACCAGAGGAUGUGACAUCAGCACAAAAGGAGGGACCAGCAUUAGUAGAACUCACGUCUAAACAGGAGGAUGAGCAUGGGGAGCAGCCCUGCCUCAAGGAAAACCUAGUCCAAGUCACACAGAGUGGCCUUGGAAAGGAAGGAAGACCCAUGACUCACUGCUUGGUGCGGAAUGGUCUGUCCAUCCUGGCUGACGAGGAGUACCUGACCAUUAGCUGUACCCCAGACACUACAGGAAACUCCAGUUCUGGGCCUUUAAAUGACCACCAUACCCUCCAAAAAUCCACUGAAACCACACAUGAUGCUAAAGACAACAAUGACAGUGGGGGUGUAGAGGAAGAGGAGGAACAGGAUGACGAAGACCCCAGCAGGGGAAGGACCCAGGAGUUUGAGCUGACCGUGACACUAAGCAAGUCCUGGAGUGGCAGUUUUGGCUUUACCGUCACCCGCAGCAAGCUAGACAGCUGCUAUUAUAUCCAGGACAUCCUGGAUAACCCCGCAAAAGCAGAUGGCAGAUUAAGACCAGGGGACAGACUCAUUAUGGUCAAUGGUCACAAUGUGACCAAUGUCCAAGAGGAGUUUGCUUUGGCCAUACUGCGAUCAUCACCCAAGCGCCUCCUGAUGAUCUUGGGGCGAGCUGUGCAGAACCUUCGAGCGCCACCACCUCCAGAUAGUCUUCCUGACAUUGUGCUCUACAAAAGGCCAAAUGGACAGUUGGGAAUCAAGCUGACAGGUGGCAUUGGCAGCCGGUGGCAAGGCAUCUACGUUUUGGAAGUGGUGCCCCAUUCCCCUGCUAGUGAGGACGGCAGCAUCCAGCCUAGAGACAAGAUCCUCUAUAUUUGCGGAAAGUGCACUAUGGGCAUGACCUUGGAGGAUGCAGUCAAGGCCUGUGAAUCUGCCCCACGCAAGGUCAAGCUGAAGGCCACCAGAGAGGACCAGCCCGUGAUGCCCAAAGGGAAGAGGAAUGGACUAUUUGAAUGGAAGAAAGACAUUAAGCUGUUCCCUCGGUUUGAAGAGCCAAGCACUUCGGAGCAGGACGUGGCCAGUGAGGACAUAAAACCACUGCCUGACAGUGGAGGGAGCCUGAGAAACAAGCUCUCAGUGUCCUCAGAAGAGCAGAGCCGCAUAUUCCAGUUAGAAUUCCAGAAGCCAGAAAAUGGGGGCCUUGGCUUUGCCCUAAUGGGAGGUGUUAAUGGGAGCGCUCUCAGAGUGAAGGACAUCUGCUCAGGGAGUGUGGCAUCACUGGAUGGCAGGAUGAGAGUGGGGGAUAUCCUACUGGAGGUGAAUGACAUCAUUGUGUCAGGCCUCAGCUACAGCAAGGUGGUGGAGAUCCUGCGGGGGGCAGAGGGAAAAGUACAGCUGACGCUGUACAGGCAGAGCCAGCUCCCUCCAAACAUCAAAACAAGCACCGCCCUUGAACAAUACCGCCCAGAAACUGAAGCAGAAGAGGGCAUUACAAGUUUACCUCCUCCAAGAAGAAAGUCAAUGAGAAGACAUUCUGGGAGCUCAGAGAAGGAUGGUGAUGAUGAGGAUGAUAAUGAUGAAGACUCAUCUCACACUAACUCCCAGGAGUCACUGCCUUUCACAGGUCAUCCAAUAGUGUCUGAAGAGGAGUUGACAAAACUAGCCUUGAUAAGCCCUAGCAAGCAUGGUCAAUACUCUGGGUCAAGGGUCAAAGCCCUCAUUCAAAUCUUGCAGCACCAGCUGGACCAGCAGGAGCUGGUGAAGGAAUUCAUGGCCUUAGAGCACCUGAAGCCUGCUGACAACUGCCUCGUGGGAAAAGCUCCAGAGAACAGGGAGAAGAACCGCUACCGGGACAUCCUGCCUUAUGACAAAACUCGGGUCCCAGUUGGGGAGCAGCAGGAGUACAUUAAUGCCAGCUACAUCCGCAUGGGUGUAGGCCCAGAGGAGGACUUCAGCUACAUUUGCUCCCAGGGCCCACUGCCUUGUACCCAGACAUGCUUCUGGCAAAUGGUGUGGGAGAACCGCUCAGACGUCAUUGCUAUGGUGACGCAGGAGGUGGAGCGUGGCCGUGUCAAGUGCCACAAGUACUGGCCUGAGAAGCUCCAUGAGCCCAUAGAUGUUGGCUGCUACCAGCUCAUCCUGGACAACUGCCAGAUACAGGACUAUUUUCACAUCCGGAUCAUCAGGAUGGUGGAAAAAAAAAGCGGAGACACACACGUGGUGAAGCACCUGAAGUUUACCACCUGGCCAGACCAUGGCACACCACACUCCUGUGAGCAUCUGGUUCGUUUUGUUCGCUACAUGCGGGCAGUGCACUCAGAGGGGCCCGUCACCGUGCACUGCAGCGCUGGAAUUGGCAGAGCAGGUGUUCUCAUCUGCACCGACAUCAUCCUCACCCUCAUCGAGAAGGACCUGAGCAUUAACAUCAGCAAUAUAGUGAAGGAGAUGAGACUACAGCGGUAUGGGAUGAUACAGACAAAGGAACAGUACCUCUUCUGUUACAAAGUCUGGCUGGACGCCCUUCAGAGCAUCCUGCGACUUCAUGACAGCCAGCAACAGGAGAAUCCCUUGUGA